AUCAAUAUUAUUAUUUAAUAUUAUGUAUUUUUUACCAACUGUUGUUAUUUAUUACUGAUUGCUUAAUAGCCAUGUGAUAACAUAGACAGCGACGGUUACAAAAAAAUGUAACAACCAUUUGUCUCUUUAACUUUUUCGGCGUAACAGAAAAUUGUUACAAACAUGAGUUCCGGAUUUGUUUCGGAAACAGAGCUUGCCGAACGGCGCAGAAUUCGUCAAGAAGAAUGGGACAAAGUUAGAACAGCUGAACAGCCUUUGGUGGUACCCGAAGAACAGUAUGAUCACCGAUCGUUGUUCGAUAGACUUGAAGAACAACGCAGAAAAAAAGAAUACGAAUAUGAAGAAACCCAUAAACUCAAAAACAUGAUUAGAGGACUGGAUGAUGAUGAAGUAGGAUUUCUUGAACUAGUUGAUAAAACAAAGAUGGAUGAAGAAAGACGUCAAUUAAUUGAAGAGGCCAGACAGAUUGAAGAAUUUCGUUCAAAAGUAUCAACUCUUCAGUGUGAAACUGUAGUUUCUCCAUUAGUGGCCACUAUUCCUAAACCACAGACUUUGAAAAAUAGUGUAACAAGAAAAACCCAGAGUAAACUAUUAGCUGGUGCAAUCGUAAAAAAAAGAACAUCCGAAGAACCUAUUAAUCCUUCAAAAAAACUUAAACCUACCACUGAUGAUUCUAAAAUAUUACCAGAGAAAUCAAUAGGUGAAACCAAAUCUAAUAUUUUACCAGGUCUUGCAUAUUCAGACAGUUCUGAUAGCGAAGAUGACUAGUUCCUUGUAUACACUUUAGAAAUUAGGAAAGUAAGAACUUUUCAGUUAAAUAACAACUUAAAUAUUUAAGUGAUUCAUAAAUUCAACUGUUAUUUAUAUUUUGACUUAAUAUAAUACGUAUAAGUCUAACAGUAUACAUUUAAAGUUAUAUAACAUAAAUUGAAUUGCCU